AUGGCUGAAGCAAUCGCUGUGGUCGGCCUGACUGCCUCCGUCGUACAGUUGGUUGAAAUAAGCACCAAACUCAUCGUCCGGAUCAACGACUUUUCCUCCUCAAUGGACAGAUGUCCACGCUUAUUCCAUGAUCUACAGGUCAGACUACCGAUGUUGUCACAAACUUUGAAUCAAAUUGCUGCCAGCAGUCAGAGUGAUGGGGCUGAUCAAUUGCUCAAGCGGGUGGUUGAAGAGUGCCUUGGUGCGGUCACACUACUUGAAAAGAAGCUUGACAAGAUACUUCCUGUCGAAGGGGAGAGCGGUAUCAGGAGGAUGUGGAAGGCGGUGCGCAGCCUAUCUCGUGAAAAGUGCGUUCGAGAAGCCUCGGAGCGCCUCGAUCAUUACUUGAACGUCCUGACGUUUCGCCAAUGCAUUCAGAACGGGUAUCAAUUACAGGCUCUCGUGUCAAACCCGGCGAAUCAGCCCGAGUCGUCCGCCAUAAACACAUGCAUAACGAUAGAUGAUCCGGACAGAAUCAUACCGUGGAUUAGUGACAGCAACCAGGCAUCGCAGGCUCUGGAAACCGGCAUCACAGGUCUCUCGAAAACCACGACGCGAGCAUGGCCAAGCACGGCCACCAUGUUCGAUUCACGAACGCGUUGCUUGAGAGACAGAUGCAUUUGCGCUUGUCAUGAUACGACCUCGUCAUCGGGAAGGUUCUGGUCCUGGAACAUUUCUUCACCUUGGGCUCUGGUCCGGCCUUGCGAUCGCGCUUCUUGUCAAGAUCGAACCUUGAAGGCAAGAUACUACGUCAGCUUCUCACGAUUCAAGAUUCCUUGGAGUGUAAAAUUUUGCUUCGAGCUUGCAUUAGGCCUGAACGGGUGCUCAAUAUCGUCAAGCCUGCAGCCCGUCAGAGUUGUGCCCUUCACAUCUCCUGGCUUUGUACUUCUGUGGAAGUGUCAAACAUAUCAGAUCGGCUGGUCGGAAGCCAGGCCGGCCUUGCAGAAUUUGUUCGACGAGGGUAAAGCUUCCCCGUUAGAUGUAGACCCUGCAGGCAAGACAUGGUUGGAGGUGACUGCUGCCAGCACCAACUCGAUCAUUUUCUAA